AUGCCUUGGCUGGAAUGUGCUGCAGUUAUGGGACAGGACGAUACGUGCCUGGAUUUGCCAACGCCCACCGACCUAACAGACACAGAAACUAUCGAAGCCUACAUCGACAACUGUGAAUCGUGCGGGAAAUUCGCUUCGCUGGCAGCUACCAUCGCCGCCUGCAGCGAAGUGAAGAACAACUGCCCCGUGCCCAGCGGAGACCUCCCAGACCCAAUGCCUGAGGAUGGCAUGGCGUCUGAGAACACAACCAUGGCAGAUAAUGCGACGAUGGCCGAAGAAGAGGACAUGAUGAUGCCUGCAGGCACUCUGAAUGCGGCCGCAGCGAUGGCGGCCCUAGAGGCCGCAUGCGAGGAAACUCUUGUGGCCGCGUGCGUCCCAGCGAGCCUCUCCCAGGCGAAAUUGGGCACCGUGGACGUCGACUGCGCCAAGAUCCUGGUGCUGGGCCCCAGCACGGAGAUCGACAUCCUGGGCUGCAACAACGUGGAGUUCGCUCUGGAUGUGUUCAACGAGACCGCCACGAACAUCUGCAUGGCCGCCUUGAGCGAUGGGUGA